AAGCAUGUUGUGGAGACAUUUUUUGGAUUUGAUGAGGAGUCCGUGGACUCGGAGACAUUGUCAGAAACAUCCUGCAACACAGACAGGACGGACAGGGCCCCAGCCACGCCGGAGGAAGACUUGGACGAUACAACCACCAGGGAGGAGGCCGACCUGAGGUUCUGCCAGCUGACCAGGGAGUACCAGGCCCUGCAGCGGGCCUAUGCCCUGCUUCAGGAGCAGGUCGGGGGGACGCUGGAUGCCGAGAGAGAGGCCCGGACUCGGGAACAGCUCCAAGCUGACCUGCUGAGGUGUCAGGCCAAAAUCGAAGACUUGGAGAAGUUACUGGUUGAGAAGGGACAGGAUUCCAAGUGGGUUGAAGAGAAGCAGCUGCUCAUCAGAACAAACCAAGACUUGCUGGAAAAGAUUUACAGACUGGAAAUGGAAGAGAGCCAGCUGAAGAACGAAAUGCAAGAUGCGAAGGACCAGAACGAGCUGCUAGAGUUCCGAGUGCUGGAGCUCGAAGAGAGAGAGCGGAGGUCGCCAGCCUUUAACCUCCAAAUCACCACCUUCCCCGAGAACAACAGCAGCGCUCUCCAGCUGUUCUGUCACCAGGAAGGAGUUAAGGAUGUGAAUGUUUCUGAACUUAUGAAGAAGCUAGAUAUCCUUGGCGAUAAUGGGAAUUUGAGAAACGAAGAACAGGUUGCAAUAAUCCAAGCUGGAACUGUGCUUGCCCUGUGUGAAAAGUGGCUGAAGCAAAUAGAGGGAACUGAGGCAGCCCUGACCCAGAAGAUGCUGGACCUGGAGAGGGAAAAGGACCUGUUCAGCAGGCAGAAGGGCUACCUGGAGGAGGAGCUAGACUACAGGAAGGAAGCCCUCGACCAGGCGUACCUGAAAAUCCAGGAGCUGGAGGCCACGCUGUACAGCGCGCUGCAGCAAGAGCCCGGGCGGAGGGCCAGCGAGGCGCUGAGCGAGGGCCAGCGGGAGGACCUGCGGGCUGCCGUGGAGAAGCUGCGCCGGCAGAUCCUGAGACAGAGCCGGGAGUCCGACAGCCAGGUCCUGCGGGAGCGCAUGGAGCUGCUGCAGCAGGCCCAGCAGACGCGGGCGGAGCGUGGCGAGCGCGAGCGGGACGAGGCUGCGCGCCGGCUUCGGGACCAGCGCGCCACGGAGCGCCGGCUCCGCGGGCAGCUGGAGGAUCUGCGCUGCUGCGUCUAUGAGCUCAAGCUGUCGGAGAUCGGCCUGCAGGGCCAGGUGGAGGACCUCGCCCAGCAAAACCAGAGCCUGCGCGAGGCGCUGGGGGCCCAGGCCCUGGGGGAGAGAGCGCGCAGUGCCGCCGCUGCUGGUCCCUGCAGCCCGGAUGCUCUGAGCCGUAUUCAGGAUGAACCACUGUCCCCGGCCAGGGAGGACGCACGGGAUGCCUGCAGAAGACAAGGCCCGCAAGCCCCCUUCUGCUCCGCCCAUGCUGCUGUGCCGGGGGGCUCUGCAGGCCAGCCCUCUGAGGGCCGCUGCUCCUGGGGAUGCGUCGGGACUGGACAAGGACCCUCUGUUUUGGUGCCAGGUCUGGAGACCACGGAUGAGUCCCUGGAAGACAUCACAGGAUCUGACUGUGGACCGCCGACUCCUGCUGAGCCUAGCUUGGAUGAACAGGCUCUCCUUCUCCUCUGUGGCUGCCCCCCGGGGCAGUACAGGGAUGGCUCACCCCUCCCCGUGGAGCUGGCCUGGAUUUUGGGGCGGAGGCUAGCAGCUGCCCAGGCCCAGGGGUCCUUUCUCCUGGUGCAGACGUCCACACUCCCUCCCUGGGGGCCAGCCAGAGACCCCUCUUCCCUGCUGCCACUGCUCCAGGAGGCUUCUCCACAAGAAUCCCAAAUGCAACAGGUGCUGGAUGCCCGAGCCAUAGGACAGCCACGUCGGGAUCAUCACUGGGCAAGGAGCCCCAAAGCCCCCCUCUGCCAGGAGUCCCCAGAGAUUUCAAGUCGGCAAUUUCCCAGGAGAGGGCCCAGAGAUCUGAAAGACCCUUGGAAAGACGGAGGAGGACCAGAGUGGAGAAUGGAAGAGCAGGGGGCGAGGCAGGCCUGGGGCAGGAAGGAGGAAGACGUCCACCGAGACGGGAGCAAGCUAAGUCAGGAAAGCCGAGUGAACCUGAACUUGCGGGGUGGCGUGCGCAUCGAGAACGGGGCUUUAGAAACCGAGGUCUCUGCCUCCUGCCCUUGGCCCAGGCCAAAUCUCCCACUGCCUCUUCUACAGGAGGUCUCAGUGUCAACGGAGGGGCCCAAACCCCUGAGUAGGAGGGGGAGUGUGGGAGGGCUUUCAUCAUCAGAGGAGGAAGAGCACCCCACAGCCAGGGCCCGGGGUGCCCAGAGGCUGUCUCCAGCCGGCGCUCAGCUCCUUGCAGGGCAGGGCAAGGAGGAAACUCUUGUGUGGGCUGGAAAGGCUCUGCAUCUGCAAGAGGAAAGCCCUGGGGACGAAGGGCAAGAAGAGAAGGAGGAGGAGGCAUCGCCUCUAGAAGGGUCCAGUCUGGGCCAUGGGGAUGUCCCGGAGGAGCCUGGCCCCGUGGAACGUGCUGGCCAGGAUAUGUUCUUCUUAGUGGCAGAGGGAGGUCUGACACCGGCUCCCGGAUUGGCCUUUUCACCCAAGGGGACUGAAUCCACCAGUAACCCAUGGGCUCUGAGCAAAGAACCUGGCAGUUCUGAGCUCAGACCAGACGAAUUUGAAAAGGAGAUGGAAGCUUGUUUCCAGCAACUCUCCAUCCUGGAGCUUGAGGGUGGGGGGCGGUGGCCGCAAGCUUCCACGCUAGCGGGAGAGAGCAGGAACUUGCCUUGGAAAUGGCCCCGCUGCCAGGGGAAGGCUUACUCCCGGCAGGGUUUGGGAAACCAGGGCUUGGAUAUUUGUUUGGCCAGGGAAGUCAAACCCAGGGAGGUUAGUGAAGAGAUUAGACCAGGAGAGACGGAGGCCUUGGGAGCCAGCGCGGUUCUUCCGGGGACGGUGCCUGAUUUGGAUGACGUGAGUCCGUGUCCAGAGGGGCCUGCUGAGCUGGGUCGGAAAUGGCCACCGAGAGCCCUUGAAAGGCAGAAGAGAAGGUUCCAGCAGCUCAUUUCUGGACUGAAAAAAGAGAGAGGCCAGGUUUUACAUGACAACGCCAAGCUUCGGGGCGACCGAGAGAGAUGCCGUAGAAAACUGCGCAUCCUCGAAAAAGAGAGGGACAGAAAUGGGACAAAGAUCGCCAUGCUUGAACAGGAAAACAGCACACUGUUAGGGGACAUCUCUCACUUAAAGGGGGAGCUGGACCAAUGCUGGCAGGUCAUUUCCGACCUUGAAGACUGCAAUGGGAAAAGUUACGGCAAAAUUUCUGAGCUCGAACAGGAGAAUGAGAAGCUGAAAAGUCACAUGGCCCAGCUUCACAAAGCCACAUGGGAGAGCCUCAGAAAAUCCAAAGGUGUGAUGGAGCGCGUCACCCUGGGAAACCAGGAGCUCAAGGCACUGAUCUCGGAGCUCAGGGUCGGUUACAAGGAGCUGAUGAAGGGUGUAGUGCUGGGAAUAGAAGACACGGUCCGGGCCUUCAGCGGGGAGAAUGCCCACCUUCUGCACAGGAUCCGCGUCCUGGAGACGGAAGUUGCGGUGGGGGCGAGCACCGCGGUGGGCCAUGUGCUGCGGGACCCAGAGGCGGACCCCCCCAUGGAGGACCUGAGGCUGCGCAUGGGGCAGCUCCAGCACCGGGUGCUGACCCUGCAGUGCCAACUCAGAGACCAGGCGUCUGCCCACUUCCAGCUGCAGGUGGCACUCGGGGAAGCCGCCCACCUCCGGGACCAGCUCCAGGGUGAGACCAACGUGGGAUCGGGGGCUUUUAUGAACAUGUGGAAGCAGAGACCAUUUCAUUCUGCUCUUGCCUCCAGCUUCCCCUGCCCUCGGGGCGGACGCCUGCUCCUGGAGUGUGCCUGGCUGCAGCUGCCUCAGAACCAGCACUCCCCGCACAGCGCCUGCAAGAGGAAGGUGGACCGUCCUGUCCCGUCCCCCGAGCUGAUGGCCUCCCGCCACCCUCUGAGCUCCUGA